UAAUAUUUAUAAUAUUUAAAUUACCACCAGUUGGACGAUUUAUGUUUACAUUGAAAUGUCACUGGCGCACGCUUAAUAUUUUGAACAAUCAAUAGGUAUUAAUUCAUGUUUAUGUCACACGGAAAGAAUAAAAGACUGGAUAAUUGGAUAAUCGACACAUAUUUUACAGAGCUGCAUAGAGGUUCAGUUGAAGGCGUAUAUUGACGUCAAGCAGUCAACAUGAAAUUUUGUUGCCCCGAGUGUGAUUAUAAAACAGACAAAAAGAGCGAGCUACUAAAACAUCAGCGUUCUGCCAAUCACUGGGAAAAGUUCAACUGUAAUAUAUGUGGAAAAGUAUUCACAAGGAAGGAUAAUUUAGACAGACAUGUUUACAAGCUCAGUUUUCAUUGCUCAGAAUGUGGAUGUGCAUUUAGUCGGGAAGACAAUCUUUUCAGACAUUUGCGAGACAAACAUCAAGUUGGUGGCGUUCGUAAGCGGGCAGGAACAUCCACUUCAGAAGCAUCAGCUCCAAAAAUUAGAAAACUUACUAAUGCCAUGGAAUACUACAAUCUGCGUAAAGUCAACGAAAGGAUAAUAAAAAAGUUUAGGACCAAAUCAUCGACAUACAAGGCCACAUUCAAGAACUUGGAAGUUGUGGAAUUACAAGACAUUUUGACUACGUUACAGGCAUUGUUUACUUCCAUAUUUAACGAUAUCACAAAAGGGAGUAAGUCAAAUGAUCUCGUUCGAAUUGUUGUGCAAAGUCCAACAUUGGAUUACACUAUACUUAUUCCAUUUGGACCUGUAACAAUCUUAACUGCUGAUCGUUUCCUUCAGGAAGUGGAACGUGUUUUACAGUCAAAUGAGGAUUUUGUUAUCAAUGAGAGUUUGGAAUUCGAAAUAACAUUGGUAGACAUGCCAAGCGGCGGUGCUCAAAAACGGUGCAAAUUUGUGAACAAUGACAGAUUUUUACUGGAAAAGAAAUGUAUUAUUCAGAUUAAAAACUCGGACAGUAUAUGUUGUGCAAGAGCCAUAGUUACAGCAAAGGCCAGAAUUGAUAAACAUGAAAAGUUGGAGAGCAUUAGAAAAAGUUACGAACCGCAGGGUGACCUAGCCAGAGCUUUACAUAAAGCUGCCAAUGUAAAGGAAGGCCAUUGUGGAAUAGAAGAAAUCAAACAAUUUCAAACAGUACUGGCGGGAUACCAGCUACACGUUCUCUCUAAAGAACAUUUUAAUGCUAUGAUUUAUAUUGGACCAGAAGCGGAAAACAAAAUAUACUUAUAUUAUCACGAGGCCCAUUACGAUGUCAUCACGUCAAUGUCCGCGUUUUUUGACACGAAAUUACUUCUGCACCACAUGUAAUAGAGGGUACGACCAUAAAGACAAACACGCUUGUAACAACAUCUGCUCUUCUUGCCGAAAAGUACACGAGAAGAAUGACUUGAACGAGUGGAUACAUUGCCAAAUAUGUAACAGAUACUUUCAGGGACAGGAGUGCUUUGAUCUCCAUGCAAAGAUUACCUAUAAAGGUAAUUCAACCUGUAAGACUUAUUACAGGUGCGCUGAAUGUAGUACGACAAUCAAAAGAAAAAUGCAUAAGAAAGACCACGUAUGCGGGGAGCGAUAUUGUGACACUUGCAAAAUCUUCGUCAGUGAAACGCAUCAAUGUUUUAUGAUGCCUGAAGAAACGGCGGAUGAUACGUCAAUGUCAGUUGAAGAAGAACUUACAAACGAGGAGGAAACUGCUGAAACGUUCAUCUCCUUCGAUUUAGAGUGCACACAAGAGGACAUGGUAGCCUGUCGUAAAGGAUAUCUUCCCGACUCAUCUGGAAUUUGUUCCAACUGCAGCAAAACAAUGUGUGGUUCUCUCGAGCACAAGCCCAACCUGUGUGUGGCUCACAAAGUAUGUACAAAAUGUAUACAGCACGAUGUCACCAACACAAGCCAAUGUAACAACUGUGGUAAAAAUGAACAUAUUUUCAAAGGUAGCUCGACCUUAGACGACUUUUGCUUGUGGCUCUUUUCAGAAGAUAAUUUUAAUACCACAGUGAUUUGUCAUAACUUUCAAGGAUAUGACUCAUAUCCUAUUCUUCAGUAUCUAUACCGAAAUGCCAUCGUUCCUAAGAUUGUUCCAAAUGGAGCAAAAGUGAUGAGUCUUGUUGUAGAGUCAUGCAAGGUUAGAAUGAUUGAUUCAAUCAGUUUUAUACCCAUGGCACUGGCGAAACUACCAGCUAUGUUUGGCAUUGAAGAAUUGAAAAAGGGUUACUUUCCACACCUCUACAAUCGAAUGGAAAACCAAGGAGCAGUGCUUGAUUGCUUACCAGAUGUACAAUAUUACAACUACGACUCGAUGAAGCCAUCAGACAGAGAAAUAUUCUUGAAAUGGUAUGAAGAAAACAAAGACAAGCCAUUUAACUUUCAGUCGGAAUUGUUGGAGUACUGUAGAUCUGACGUAGAUAUACUUAGACGAGGUUGUUUAACCUUUCGGGAUAACCUAAUGAGCAUAAUAAACAUUGAUCCAUUCGAGCAAUGUAUUACAAUAGCCUCUGCGUGUAAUUUAGUUUUUAGAACUAACUUUUUAGAACAAGAUUCUAUCGGCAUUAUUCCACAUCACGGAUAUAAACCGGAACAAAUGCAAUCAGUUAAAGCGUUGCAGUGGAUUAAAUAUCUGUCGCAUACCCAAGGGCACCAGAUUCAACAUGCCAGGAACGGUGGUGAAAAGUGCUUAGGGCCAUACAUGGUUGAUGGUUACUACGAGACUAUCGGGGGCGAAAAGGUCGUAUUAGAAUUUCAUGGAGAUUUUUGGCACGGAAAUCCGACAAAGUACUCCAAUUCUACAGUGAAUCCGGUGAGAAAACUAACCAUGGGUGAACUCUACCAGAGGACACUUGAUAAGAAGAAAUACUUAGGGGAAAAUGGCUAUACGUAUGUAUCAAUAUGGGAGUCAGAAUUUGACCAGCAGUUAAUCGGAGAUCCUGUAAUGGCGGAAUUUAUCAAAAACUGUCAAAUUAUAACACCUUUGCAGCCGAGAGACGCGUUCUUUGGAGGACGUACAGAAGCAUUUACACUCUACAAAGAAGCUUCAUCGGUAGAGACAAUCCAGUACUACGAUGUCACGUCUCUUUAUCCUUUCAUUAACAAAACCGGAAAAGUACCAUUGGGUCAUCGUACCAUCAUCACAGAAAAUUUUGAAAGUCUUCAAAACUACGAAGGCCUGAUUAAAUGCAAAGUCAUUCCACCACGUCAGCUGUUUCACUCUGUUCUACCAUGCAAAGUCAACGGCAAGUUGCUAUUUCGUCUAUGUAAAUCGUGCGCAGACGUUAAGAAUGAAGGUACGUGUACUCAUACAGAUGAACAACGGUCUUUUGUAGGAACGUGGGUAACAGAUGAACUACAGAAAGCCUUUGAAAAAGGCUAUCAAAUCGCGAACAUCUAUAAAGUCUGGUACUUUGAGAACGUGUCGCAAUACGAUCCCAAUACUAUGAAAGGAGGCGUAUUUACUGAGUAUGUAAAUACCUUCUUGAAACUGAAGCAGGAAGCUAUCGGUUGGCCAUCGUGGUGUACAACAAAAGAACUAAAACAGAAGUAUAUUACACAAACCCAUGAAAAGGAGGGUAUCUGGCUUGAUUAUGAAAACAUACAAAAAAUCCCGGCAUGAGAGCCUUAGC